GAUGUGGCUUCGCUCAGAUGCUCGGAAAUAAAUCUGCUACUUAAAAUUCAAAUAUCCCAACGUGCCCUCGGCUCGGCGGCACAGUGCCAUGCCAGUCGGUGUGUUGUCCUGGGGUCAGUCCAAGCCUUAGCUACCCAUAGCUAGCUAACCCGGUCGUCUCUCACCCAGCUUUUCUUUGAGCAUGUUUUAUUUUUAGGAAAGACAACAUUCAUGAAAUCCGCCGGAUGAUAACCGGAGGAACAUAACCGGAACGGGGGGAACCGUCAGUCCAAAGAAAGAGGAUCCAUGGCAAAGUGGCUAAAGGACUACUUAAACCUAGGCAGCAGGCGUGAUCCUCCUCAGCCCCCGAGGCCAGAUUACACUGAGAGUGAGAUUUUAAGGGCCUACAGAGCUCAGAAGGAGCUGGAUUUUGAGGAUCCCUAUCAACACAGUGAUAAGGAGCAUCAGAAUGGGGGUUUUAGCUCUUGUAGUACAACAGUGAGCCUCCCCUCUUUCCCUGCGUUCGGUUCUGAGCUGUCUGAAGGUGUGGAGGUGAAAGUUGUGUCUCCAAAACACAGACUAAUUAAAGUGGACUCUCAGGAGUUUGGCCGCUGUAAAAUUCCUCUCAGUCCAGUGACUGUUCACGAAGAGCCUGUGGUUCCUUCUGCCCCAGCAGCAUCAGAUGGUGAAACAGAUUACUCUGAUCCCUUUGAUGCACGUCCAGACCCAAGAGCCAGACCGAACUGGGAGCUCAAAUCUGCACCAACAGACUGCUGCAGCUACAUGGAGCCAUUCGAGGCCCAGCGGAUUAUUGCAGAUCUGCAACACAGCGUCAUGACUACCAGGUCCCCGAGUGGAGAUGGUGGCCAGUUAUACGAUAACCCUUAUGAGGAGAAGAGCCGUCCCCACCAUCGAGCUGCUCUGCCAGCACAGCAGCAGAUGCAGAAAACUGACGGUAGACUUGGCUUGAUUGACAGCAGGGAGAGCCGGCUGCCUCAGGACGAUGAGAGGCCGGCUGAUGAGUACGACCAGCCGUGGGAGUGGAAGAAAGACAACAUCUCUAAAGCUCUUGCAGUUCAGUUUGAAGGAGCAGAAAGGGAACGCUCCCGAGCUCAGUCAGAACACACAAGGUUUACCAAAACUGCCUCUGCAUCAACUGCAUCUGACGCAACAACACUCCGUCUUGUUGGUGAUACUCCUCCUUUGCUGGGGGAGAGGGUGGAUCCAUCUCUGCCUCUGGAGCAGCAAGUAUGGUACCAUGGAACCCUGAGCCGCUCAGAGGCGGAGUCUCUGUUGACUCUGUGUAAAGAGAGUUCCUACUUGGUGAGGAAAAGCCAGAGCUGCCAGAAAGACUACUCCUUAUCACUCAGGAGUUGUAAAGGCUUCAUGCACAUGAAGUUCACCCAGUCCGCAGAUCAUCAUUACGUCCUCGGUGAAAACAGUCCUCCUUUCUUCACCAUCCCCGAGGUCAUCCACUACUACACUACACACAAGCUGCCAAUCAGAGGAGCUGAGCACAUGUCCCUGCUGUACCCCGUCAUUGUGCAGACCCUCUGACACUGAUGCGCAUGCUACUGUUUCUCCUGGUGCUACUGAAAGUAAUGUCUACUCAACAUUUACACACUUCCGCCUGUUUCUUCGCAAUUUUCCACUGCGAUCCUUCCAGCACUGCCCUGAAGAGUUUGUGCGGUGCCAUCUUUUCUAUAUGUUGCCAAAAAAUCUUUGUUUUAAUGUCAAGAAGCUAUAGCAGAAUAGAUUUAACAAUGCUUGAUCUGUAUUGCCUUCAUGCAGUCAAACGGGAUUCAGACGGAAACAAAGUUUGGGGUUGUUGGAGGGGGGGUAAAUUUAAUUUGUGCCCAAGACCAUGGUUGUUUUUCUUCCAUUAUUCUCUUUUGUUUUCAUCAGAUAUCUAGGUGGCUAAAACCACAGCCAAAAUGUUUCUAUAGCAACAAACAAUGCUAUUAUUGUUCUUGAAGUCUCUGUUACUAAAUGACCCAAACACUACAUCAGUUGCCUUGGCCUUCCUUUUCUUCCUUGGGCUCUGUGUUGUUCAGAUUCUUGUGAAUGUCCUGCGAUGUUGCAGCCGUGUACCCUGCAGUGUUCUUGUUUCAUCAUCUUAAUGUGUCAGGUUAAUACGACUUGUUAACAUCAAACUCCUGCAAUAUUAGUUUAGAGAAUAAUGAGUACAGUGUUCAACAGAAAGCUUGUGGCUUUGUGGUCCUGAUCACUUCAAAGCUUUGGUAGUUUAUUUACUGGACUGUUUUUAUACGAUUCUAAAUGUAAGCUCAAAAUAAAGGUGUUUUCCACUUUUC